UAAUGAUGUACGCAGUUCUCGCCGCUUUGUGCUUCUCUGCACAGGGCAAUCCAACUACGAGAGAUCUUGCUCUCGACGCAUUCCUUGCCCGGGAAGAAGUGGUUUAUUUCCGCCAGCAGUCAGUGGUAUAUUCGAGCGCGCUGGGCAACUUUCUGAGCAGAUUCGACACGACUUUGCCAUCCUUUGUUGACAGCAUCAUUCGGAAGCUGCAAGCUUUAAACAUCAAUACUGAAGAAAUAGCUGCCAUCGAAGGGCACUUCAAUGCAAGUUUCCAAAGCAUAACCAAAGGUGCUCAGAUUGUCGACGUCGAACUGCAGAAUGUGACGCCGACCUCCACAGCCAUCAUUACCUCAUUAGAUACUACUGACUGGGUUUCUUUGAGAGAGCAAAACUCUAAUUUGAUCACGCAAAUUAAUAUUGUGGCCACCACUUACGACGAGACUCAUUCUCAAUGGUUGAUUUCCAAGGAGCAGCAGGAAAAUAAUUUGAAUGCCAUCCUCAUUGGACAGCCAUCUGUGGAAAUUGCGAACGUCCUUGCCGAUUGGGAGAGCAUUACAAAUUUUCUCUCCAAUGAAGGGUUUGUUAUCGCUGAUGAAAACCAGAUUUUUACGGUUCGAGGAAAUAAGUCUUUGGAAGCCAUUAAAAUCGUACUCGACCAAGUAUGAGCUCUUGAUGAAUCAGUGACCUAUUGUUGAAUAAAAUCUAAUACAUUUA